UAUAUCAGCCCUUCUGUCUUCUCCUGAUCCACGAUGAAGCCUCAGGCCACGGGAGCUCUGCUGCUUCUGAUGCUGCUAAGCUGCAGCACUCAGUCUGCCUCCGAAGAAUGCAACCUGCCACCGAAGGUGCAACAACAGGAUGUGCGGAAGUUAGGUGAGGUGCGUUGGGUUGUGGUCAAGUCUUUUGCAGACUAUCCAGCUGGUUUGGAGCUUAUGAGAAACGCUAAUAGCUCCAUUGUGCAGUUCAAAAUCAAAGACGACAACGAGAGUUUGCUACUUACCGAACGAAACAUUGUAGCAGGAAAUUGUCUAGUCUUCCAUGUGAACAUGACAAUUCAAGACCCUGAGAAAUCCAACCAUACUCUCAUUCGCGAUGGUCCAGGAGUGCAGGUGUUUGGUGGUGCGGUGACUCCAUAUGAUGACCAGGGUCGAGUAGAUAUCUAUCAGGGCUGUCCAAACUGCCUACUAAUUGUCUACCAUGGAGUGUUUGAAGGAACACCAGGAAGGAUACUGCUUUUCUACAGAAGCGAGGGGAAACACCUGGAUGCUGAAGAGCUAAAAGCUGCUGAGAGCGAACAAAGAAGGAUCGCGGAGUGUCUGAAAUUCAAUUUUGACGGUGGUUUCCACUAUGAUGGGAAGGCAGAUUUUUGCCUGGAAAAGAAGGAAGAAAACGAAGCUUGAUACAACAUGUAGGGUUUAUGCAAAUAAAUCUAUAUUAAUCAAUAA